GACUGCAGGACAGAACAUCACAGUCCUACCGGUUUGGAAGAAAAAUAUGGAAUGUGUUUCACUGCUGACCGAAGGCAGCCAAAUGAACAGUAUUUAUAGUAGUUCGAAAAUCAGCAGUUAGCAGUUUCUUCACAUUCUAACACUACCCAGCACUUUCCAGAGAGAACUCAUUGUUUACAAGAAAUCUGCUUUCCAAAUCCGUUGCGGUGCCCUACAGCCUUGACUAUUAACUAUUUGCAAAGGGGAAGCUAAUCUGCAGUUUGGGGAAAGAUGGCAAUGGAUGAGUACCUGUGGAUGGUCAUCGUGGGUUUUAUCAUUGCUUUUAUUUUAGCUUUUUCGGUUGGUGCAAAUGAUGUUGCAAAUUCUUUCGGAACGGCUGUGGGCUCUGGUGUUGUUACUUUACGCCAAGCUUGCAUUUUGGCUUCAGUUUUUGAAACCACUGGCUCAGUUUUACUGGGAGCAAAAGUAGGAGAAACAAUUCGGAAAGGUAUCAUUGAUGUCAACCUGUACAACAACACUGUCCCACUGCUGAUGGCAGGAGAAGUGAGUGCGAUGGUUGGUUCUGCUGUUUGGCAGCUAAUUGCAUCGUUCUUGAAACUCCCAAUAUCAGGGACCCAUUGCAUUGUAGGUGCCACGAUUGGAUUUUCUCUAGUGGCAAUUGGCACGCAGGGUGUCCAGUGGAUGCAGCUUGUCAAGAUUGUUGCCUCUUGGUUUAUUUCCCCACUGUUAUCUGGCUUGAUGUCUGGAAUCCUCUUUGUGCUGAUCAGAUUCUUCAUUUUAAACAAGGAAGACCCUGUGCCCAAUGGUCUCCGCGCACUCCCGGUGUUUUAUGCUGCUACCAUAGCUAUUAAUGUGUUUUCCAUCAUGUACACUGGAGCACCAGUACUGGGACUGAUACUGCCAAUGUGGGCCAUUGCUCUAAUAUCAGUUGGUGUGUCCUUAGUAUUUGCUGUCUUAGUCUGGAUUUUUGUGUGUCCCUGGAUGAAGAGAAAAAUAGAAAGCCGGUUAAAGAAAGAUGCUACACUGUCAAGGAUAUCAGAUGAAAGUCUUGAUAAAAUUCAGGAUGAAGAAACACCAGUCUUUAAAGAGCUUCCUGGUGCCAAAGCAUCUGAUGAGAGCACGAUUCCCCUUACUGGCUCAGUAACAGAAGCUGCUGGGGCAUCAGAUAAUAUUGCAAAUGGAAACCAUCCACGUGUACCAUAUGGAAGGGCAUUUUCAGUGACGCACACCUCGGUGAAAUCACCUGUUUCCAAUGGCACCUUCAGCUUUGAUGGCCAUGUGAGGAGUGAUGGCCACGUUUAUCACACUGUGCACAAGGACUCAGGUUUAUACAAAGACUUGCUUCACAAAAUACACCUGGACAGGGCCAAUGAUGAAAGGCCCACUGCAGAAAACAACUACAAACUCUUAAGGCGCAACAACAGCUAUACUUGUUACACUGCUGCUAUUUGUGGCAUGCCUGUGCAUUCCUCCUUUAAGGCAGCGGAUACAUCUACUCCAGAAGACAGUGAGAAGUUGGUGGGAGACACUGUUUCCUAUUCCAAGAAGCGAGUCCGCUAUGACAGCUACUCCAGCUAUUGCAACGCAGUGGCUGAGGCAGAGAUUGAGGCGGAGGAAGGUGGGGUGGAAAUGAAGUUGGCCUCUGAACUCGCAGAUCCUAACCGGCCCCCUGUUGAUCCUGUGGAAGAGGAUAAGGAAGAGAAAGACACCUCUCAGGUCCAUCUGCUUUUCCACUUCCUCCAGAUCUUAACAGCCUGCUUUGGAUCCUUUGCCCAUGGAGGCAAUGAUGUCAGCAAUGCCAUUGGUCCCCUCGUUGCGCUCUGGCUUAUCUACGAACAAGGUGCCGUAAUGCAGGAAGCAUCGACUCCCAUCUGGCUGCUGUUCUAUGGAGGUGUUGGGAUCUGUGUGGGUCUCUGGGUCUGGGGAAGAAGAGUUAUCCAGACUAUGGGUAAAGACCUCACUCCAAUCACACCAUCAAGUGGAUUCACUAUUGAGUUGGCUUCGGCGUUCACAGUUGUGGUAGCUUCCAAUGUUGGACUUCCUGUCAGUACUACACACUGCAAGGUUGGCUCCGUGGUGGCUGUUGGCUGGAUCCGCUCCAAGAAAGCUGUUGACUGGCGCCUUUUCCGCAACAUCUUCCUGGCGUGGUUUGUGACUGUGCCAGUGGCUGGCUUGUUCAGCGCUGGGGUGAUGGCACUGCUGAUGUACGGGAUCCUGCCUUACAUUUGAGGAGCUUCCUCUACCAGGAAAAGUGGAAAUGGCCAAGCUACUACCGAUGGGAGAAGCGUUCCCGUGAAAGAAGCAGUCAGAGAGGAUCCAUCUUCCAUACCUAACUUCUUAUCUACUGUACAUAACAAUGUGUCAUAUUGGUGACAUGGUGAUGUGGUGCCAUUUCUUAUAUAUUAAAGAAAUAUAUAUGCA